AUGGACAAGGAUCCCGGAUACGAGAGAAGCACGGACGAUUUGGAGACUCCAUUGCAGAAGGGGCGUCGGAGUAUGUCAAAUCACCGAAUCGAGGAGAAGCCGGCGUCGCAGCUUCAGUUCAUGGGACGAGGGGGUAUCGGCAACCAUGCAUCAUGGCUCAGCACGCUCGAGCAAGCUCAAGGAGGGAAGACGGUGAAUAUCGACGCAGACGACUACCUCGGCGGUGACCUGAAUCGCAUCUUGACCAAGGGAAAGUCCCCAGCAAUUUCGCGGACACUUUCUGGAUCAGCAUACGACCCAUCAGAAGGCGAUUCGAUGACUAUCAAUGACGACAAAGCCGAUACGCCAUCCAAGUACGUUCGGACGGGAAGAGGUGGCGCAGGGAAUGUCACGGAGAAGUCUAUGUUUGGGAAACUUUCUUCAAUACCUAGCUUCUUGAAGAGGUCUACGAAUGAGGAAAGAACGGCCAAGCAGGACCAGGAGCUGCGGGGAGGCCGCGGUGUGGGAAAUAUCAUCGCCCAACGUGCGCGGAGGGAGGAGGCUGCAGAUUGGGAGUUGGCAGUGAAGCUGCAAGAAGACGAGUUUAAGCAACAACGUGAAAGCGAGAGGAUUGCAGCGGAGAUGACAGCGAACAUGCAAGCACCCCAAGGAGCUCACAUGAAGCCACAAUAA